AUGCCUUCAACCCUGAGCCUUUCGCGCCUCGCAAUAUUCGCGGUCCUGGCCGCCAUUUCCCUCCCCUGGCUGCAAUCCCGCCAAUACACGCUCUCCCUACUCUUCAAAAACAAGCCCGAGAAUCUGCCCGAGAUCAACGCGUUCUCCUCCUCAAGCCUAAAAUUCACAGACAAGCCCGGCCUCCGCAACUGCGAGGAUGGCAUCGUCGUACCCGAAGACGGCUUCGCGAUCCUGAGCUGCGAUCCCGGUCGUGAUCUGUGGAAUACAGUCAUGGGCACAUUCUAUCACGACCACGGCAAGAUUCCAAAUGGGAAACUUUGGCUCUACAACUACGCCUUGGACUUCGAUGCUGCACCCGGAACCGAGGGCGAGAAUGAGGAUGAGCAUGAGAACCAGACAGAAGAGAAAAUCGUGCAGCAGAUCCACUUCACCGACACACCACCCAACUUCUCCUUCCACCCGCUAGGCAUCGACCUCCACCGCGCCUCAAGCACGCUCUUCGUAGCUAACCACGCGAUCGACGGGUCCCGUCUCGAAGUGUUUAUCCUCGACACGAACGGCAGAAUCCCCGUGGCGCGAUACGUCAAGAGUAUCCUGCACCCGCUCCUGCCGGGUCCGAACUCGCUCAUCGCGCUCAGCGAGCACGAGCUCUACGUCACGAACGACCACUACAUCCUCCGCCGGAAGUGGUCGCUCGGCGCGCUGUUCGAGACGUACGCCGGUAUCCCCGGCGGAACGGUGGUGUACGUGAAUCUGAACGAGGAGAAGGAGGUCGUCGAGAUGCGGAACGUUGCGCGCGGGCCGUUCGCGAAUGGGGUUGCGCUGGUUAACGAGACGACUGUUGCGGUCGCUGUAACGGCGGCCGCGGAGGUGCGGCUGUAUAAGAGGACGGGGGACAGCGGCUUGACGUAUCUAAAGGCAAUCAGGAUGCCGUUCUUGCCUGAUAAUUUGGCGACUGAGAAAAAUGGGUCCCUGCUUAUUGCGGGACACCCGCAUCCGCCGAGUCUGGAUAAGACGGUUCAUGAGCGAAGGGCUUGUAUUGGGGCUGAUGGGGUUGUGCCGAAGGAGUGCUGGAAGAGUACGGCGCCCAGUUGGGUUGCGAGGUGGAGUGAGGAUAAAGGGGUGGAGAGUUUGUAUAUCACGGCCAGUGAGUUUGGGUCGAGUGCGACGGCUGCGAAGGAUGUUGGCAGGAAUGUGGGUAUUGUGACGGGGUUGUAUGAGAGUGGGAUUUUGGUGUGGAGGGAGUAG